UUGGCCUUUUUGGCCUCUAUUUCAUCUUGUGACCCUUGGAGUUUGAAGCUGUAUGCUUUGCAUACUGCAUAAAAAAAACAAUUCCGCUGUCAGCCUUUUGGGCAGCGAUCUCUGUAACGAAGUUUGUGUCAAAUGGAGUGUCAAAAAAAAUUGUAACAAAAGCGAGUAGCCGAAAGAUGAUUUACCUAUUUCUAAUCUCGAUGGAAAAACACAAGUGCGAAUAAUGUUAACGUCAGCUAGUUGGUGAACUGGAGUUUGUUUCUGGAUAAAUGUUCCAAUCCUGAACCAAGUGUCGCGAGAAGGCUGAACGAGAUGGCAGUGCAGAUCGAUGUUUACGAUGUCAUCAAUCAAAAGGAAUGCGGAGUAUGUCUUACUACACGUCCGGAUCCCAUCUGCUGGGAUAUGUUCAUGCCGCGGGAACAGGACUCAAAAGAGAUGCCCUAUCUGGUCUGGAAGUAUGUCGGUUUGAAAUUUUCGCAGGAAACGGGCAAACACUUCAUCUGCGCAGAUUGUGGCAAAGCCUUGCAUGAGUUUAACCGUUUCUACCUGUGGGUGCAUGAUGCCCACCUUCAACGCUUGGCAAAGGUUGAACUGGCCCAAGUAAACCCGGACCAGCCGUAUCAUGAGAACGUGAACCAAAAUGGUGCCUGCGGUACGGAGCAGGUACAGUUCAAAGAGGAUCCUGCGGUCGAUGCAGACCUAUCACACGCAGUGGAACAACGCGUCGAGCUAAAGCAAGAAGUAAGUGCAGAGAAUGGAUUCACUCCUGUUCCUACAUUGCACCCUACGGAGGGCGGAAAUGGUCCCACCGAGUAUGAACGAGAACCACAUCGAAUGUCCGCGAUCGGAUCCGCGAAUGAAACGGAAGCGGAAAGUAGUCAAGUUAGGCCCAUCGUCGGUACACCUAGCCGGAAGCGAAGGAACCAAGAAAUAGACGACGAAAUACUAGAGUUCUACAAGCUCGUAUGCGACGUUUGUGACGACCGCAGCGAGUACGGCUCGAUGAAGGAACUCAACCAGCAUAUGCGGCAGCAGCAUGGAGAAGAAUCAGGCCGCGUCGGUUGUCCCCAGUGUGGUAAAAAGUUUCGUACCAGGGUGAAACUGCUGGAGCACAAACAUGUGCACACCCGACAAGCCGAGGCGGCCGAAGAUGAGGUAGAAAGGGUUCAAUCCGAUCAAAUGGAUAAGGAGAUCCUCGAAUUCUACAAGCGUAUCGUUUGCGACGUUUGCGAGACGGCUGGCACAACGCAGUCGGGGACGUUGUACGGCACCGUGAAAGAACUCAACCAUCAUAUGCGACUGGAGCACGGCCAGCCGGCGGGAGCGGUCAAGUGUCCCAUAUGUGAGAAAAAAAUCCGAACCCGACCGAAACUGUUAGAACACAAGCGGAUGCAUCUGUCGAAUGAGCUGAUGGAGGAUGACUCAGGAAAGUCGGGCACGGCCGGCAACGAAACUGGACCCGAGCUGACCGAAGAGCAAAAGCAAACACUAGAUAGAGAAAUAUUUGAUUUCUAUAAACCGAUCGUGUGUGAAAUUUGCGAUCCGGAGAAGGCACCACCCGGGGAGACGACGGUCGAAUAUCGUUCGCUAAAACUUUUGAACCAGCAUAUGCGUGCGACCCACGGACUAGAUUCGGGCACGGUCAAAUGUCAGAUUUGUGCAAAGAAGUUUCGCACCCGCGUUAAACUGGUCGAGCACAAGGAUAUGCACGAGAAUCCGGAAAGGUACAGGUGUAGCACGUGCCAGGAGGUGCAUCAAAACUUGGAAGAACAUAUGCAGAACAAACACCAGGAAUGGGAGUUUAAGUGUGAGGAAUGUGGAAAGCGAUUUCCUUUUAAGAGCAGACUUACGGCACACAUGGGGAAGGUGCACUUGAAGAAGGACAUCAUUUGUGAGGAGUGUAACAAACCAUUUACCAAGUUCAGCAUUGAAAAGCAUAAACGAGCUGUCCACGGAGCAACGUUCACUUGCGAAAACUGCCCGAAAACAUUCAAAACUCGCUUUUCCCUAGAACGGCACAUGGAAGGACAUAAUGUGGAGCAGCAGGGGCCGGCCACGGUUAGCUGUACCUUGUGCAACUCGGUACUAAAAGACGAAUACAAUCUUAAGACCCACAUGAAGCGGAUCCACGCCGAGCAGACGCCCGCGACGUGCAAAACGUGCGGCAAAACAUUCAAAUCAAAACACAGUCUCUACACGCACAUUUCGAACGUUUGCACCACCCGCCAAUUUCCCUGCACGGUCUGCGGAAAGCAGUUCAAGAAGCGGACAAAGUUGAAACAACACAUGACGACCCAUGCUAGAAGUGCCGACUAAACAAACGUUUUGUUGCCGGCCUCCGAUUAAAAUAUUACUAUUAAGUAGAUUAGAUGUACGGUAGGGAUUACUAAACUAGACCUAUAAUGAAUCUCCGGUAGACACGAAAGCGAAGAAAAAAGGUAAAUGUGCUGAUGGAAUCCUAUGGUAAACAGAUAACGUAAUAAAAUAUUUAUUUGAGCUGCUUAAU